CCUUCAGAACUGCGGUUCAUUUCCUGACAUCUUAUACACAAAGUAGACUAUUCGAACCGAGUCGAGCAGGAUGGCCCAAGCAAAGUCACUCACGAUUCUUGUCACCGGGGCCGCAGGUUUCCUGGGCUCGAACCUCGUUGAUUUCCUCCUUGGAGAGGGCCACCAAGUUAUUGGCGUGGAUAGCUUCCAAACAGGGUCGCCAAAGAAUCUAAAACAUCUCGAAGGUCAUGAGAAGUUCACGCUACUCAAUCAAGACAUUCAAUCACCAAUCGAAGGCCUAGGACACAUUGACCAGAUCUACAACCUGGCAUGUCCGGCGAGUCCGAUCCAAUACCAGAAAGAUCCUGUUUCAACCUUGCGGACCUGUUUCCGCGGCACGGAAAACUUGUUGGAGCUGGCCAAAGAACGGAACAUUCGACUGUUGCAUACCAGCACCUCCGAAGUAUACGGUGACCCGCAUGUCCACCCCCAGCCCGAAUCCUAUUGGGGCAAUGUCAACUCUUUUGGGCCCCGAUCUUGCUACGACGAGGGCAAGCGCGUUGCAGAAGCCCUCUGCUAUGCGUAUCGCGAGAAUGGGGUCGAAGUCCGCAUUUCUCGUAUCUUCAACACGUAUGGACCACGGAUGAAUGCGGCUGACGGUCGGGUGGUCUCCAACUUCGUCGCAGCUGCCCUUGCCGGCGAGGAGCUGAAAAUUACCGGCGAUGGCAAGGCAACCAGAUCGUUCCAAUAUGUCACAGACUGUAUCAGGGGACUUUAUGCCCUGAUGAACAGCGACUAUGGUGACGGUCCGGUGAACAUUGGAAACGACGGGGAGUUCACCAUCCAGGAACUAGCCAGCAUAGCGACUGAGCUCGUCUCCGAAGUGACAGGAAAGCCAAAGGUGCCCAUUAUCUACCAUCCACGCCCGGUCGAUGAUCCUUUAGUCCGCCGUCCUCAGAUCACUCUGGCCAGGGACAAGCUGGGCUGGAAGCCCGUAAUUCCGUUGCGAGAAGGCUUGCGGAAGACAAUCGAGUGGCAUAUGAACGAGAGUUGAGUUGUUCGAGACCGCGGUGCUCAGUGCAUUCCCUGGUCGGCAAACGAAGAUCAGACGUGCCAUGCUUGAUUGGCCAUUAGCUUGAGAUAUAGAAAUACAAAGAAAUAAAUCCUGGGAUCUUAUCAAAUUGAUAUCCAGAUUGUAAUUCUCGGCAAAAGAAUAGAUGCCGAGGACCCCACCAUAACAAACCCCGACUCUCCAACUCCCCGGCCUCUUCUCUCCCCGUCAACCAACACCCACAAUGGCUCCGUUUUUUGAUUCUACAGCUCUCCAGGCCCUUAAGGAUGCGCUGACAUCCUCUCUCAUCUUAACGCCUGAUUCCGAGGGGUAUCAGGACAGUUUGCGACGAUGGUCCGAUACGGGUG